AUGUGUCCAUGUUCGGGUAGCUCUGAAACGGGAACAAUAUCACUGAGAAAGCGAUCGGCUAGUGGAAGUGGAAGCAGUGGACGAGGAAUCCUGUCAAUGGCCGCGCUAAGUCAUUCUGUAGUUCGUGUUGACAAGGAGAACUCAUUGACAAGCCUCACUCUUCAGGAUGCUGGUCAAGUAAUUCCUGGUGGCUCCGUUGUCGUAGUCAAGCAAACGGGCCCCGCUCGUCUUUGUCGAGCAGAUGAACUGGGAGAGAUCUGUCUGUGCGCUAACUCGACUGGAAAUGCGUACUGGGGUCUGGAAGGGGUAUCUGCAGCGACAUUCAAGAUUGAGCCAUUGGGUGCAGAUGAUAGGCCUCUUGGUCCUCGACGAUAUGUACGAAGUGGUUUGAUCGGCUUCAUGGGCCCGGAUGGUCUUGUAUUCGUUGUUGGGCGGCGUACUGCGCAGUUGAGUGUAUCCGGUCGCCAACAUUCAGCGGAUGAUAUAAUUGCGACUGUUCUCGCCGUUGAACCCAUGCGGUUCGUAUAUCGCGGACGAAUCGCCGUAUUCUCCGUGUCAGUACUUCGCGACGAGCGGAUAGUGAUUGUUGCCGAACAGAAACCUGGUGCUAGUGAGGAGGAUGCGUUUACGUGGAUGUCUUGUUCGGUAUUACAAGCAGUUGACGCUAUUCAUCAAGUUGGUAUCUAUUGCCUUGCACUUGUACCAUCGAAUCAAUUACCAAAGACCCCUCUCGGUGGCAUCCACGUUUCUGAGACGCGACAACGUUUCGAAGCCGGUGAACUUCAUCCAUCAACACUUCUCAUGUGCCCACAUAGCUGUGUGAUCAAUCUUCCCAAGCCUCGCGAAGUUCAACCUGAUAUCGGACCAGCAUCGAUGCUUCUCGGAAAUCUAGUCCAAGGUGUCAGAAUUGCAGGAGCUCAAGGACGCAGUCUUGGAUGUGAUGAUGAUAUGAGCCUGCUGGAAAUUCUACGGUCACGAGCGUCAACUUCACCUGAUCACAGAUUAUUUACGUUGGUUACUUCCAAAAGUCCAGAACAAGACACGGCGACAUGUGCGAGCUUGUUGAAGAGAGCAGAACGAAUUGGGGCUUUCCUCGUUGAACGAGGUCGCCUCAACGCUGGCGACCAUGUGGCACUGAUUUUCUCUCCGGGCAUCGACUUCAUUGCGGCUUUUUACGGUUGCCUUGUAGCUGAACUCUCUUUCACAAUGGCUAAAGAGCAACAGCGCAGUAAUACGAGUAAAGAGGCUGCUCACCGAGUUGACUCGAAAGCCUGGCCGAUGAUUCUUGACAUCGAAGACUCUCCAGCGUCAUGGAAAAGGAAAGCCAACACAGAACCCUCAGAAUCUUUGCCAUCGGAUGCAUGCUACUUGGAUUUCUCCGUGAGUACAACUGGACAGCUGGUUGGCGUAAUCGUCAGCGUGGGUGGUGCUUUGAGCAUGUGUAAAAGUUUAAAAGUGACAUGUGAGCUUUACCCUUCCCGUCAUGUAGCCCUUUGUCUGGAUCCAUAUUCUGGCCUUGGCUUCGCACUGUGGUGCCUUUCAAGCAUCUACUCAGGUCAUCACACGAUUCUCAUUCCACCGUCCGAGGUGGAAGCAAGUCCGUCAUUGUGGUUAUCCACCGUUUCCACAUUGAAAGCACGCGAUACCUUUGCUACCUACGGCGUACUUGGUCUUUGUGUACAGGAAUUAGCAUCCCAGGUGCCUACACUGAAGGAGAAAGGAGUCAGUCUCUCGUGUCCCAUACCGUCUAUUUUACGACCUCAUUUGAAGAACCCGAUAAUCGGUGAAACCUUUCAUUCCGUUCAAAGUCUUGAGGAACACUGGUAUUAG